AUGCCCAUUAACUCGAGAAAGGAACGAAUCAUACCAGGGAAGGGGUUGGUCAUUGACCUGGUCGAAACUUUACAACAGCAGAUGAGGGAAAUUCAUGCCAAGGCUUUGAACGCCCAAAAUUCUCCGCCAGAAUUGGUGCCUAGAAAUGAUAGUGCAGACCAAGCUUUACAAACGGAGAGAAGAUACAUUGGGAUAGUUCAAAAGCAGUUGAGUGAUGAAAGGAAGGAAACAAAAAGACUCAACGAUCCAUUAGACCAUCAGAGACGAUUUCAAUCAAGCACUGGAACACCUGUAUCUCAGCCGUAUAAUAUCCCUCAAACUGGCUUAGUGGAAGUCGCCCACAAGGAGAUAGUGGAUCUGAAAAAAGCUUUGAAAGAGGAAAAGACUAGAUCUCAGUGGUUCAAGGACCAAUUUGCCGAUCAACAAAUGAAAUACACGGAAGUGGACACGCGCGCUUCCUCAUUGAAUGCCGUCAAGGAUGCUGCCGUAGAAGCACUAGAAAGAGAAAAAAAGAAGUCGAAAGAUUUGGAGAAAGCGCUCGAGAUUGAGAAAAGGGUCCCAUUAGCUCGGAAAGUUUUAGCAGAACAAAGGCAGGAACGGAAAGCGUUGGCAGAGGUGGAUGAGGAACUUUUGAAUGGAAGAACUCGAAGCCAAUCAGUUGCUGGAGUAUCAUCAUCAUCAUCGGCGAAGAAGCGGAGGCUUGAUCCAACUUUAGAGGAGUUAGGGUUGGAGAGAAAAUCCCUCAAAUUUGAAGGCGGUAAAUGUGGGCAGUGUUUCAAAAACAUUAAAUCUCAAGAUGCCGAUGGGCCUUGCCGAUAUCAUCCUGGGGCAAAAACAAUACACCCGCGAGCCCUUCCAAUGCUCGUCGAUCGGCAUGGUGAGAGAUGUUACGAAGGCAAAUCGGUUGACGAAAUGUUGGCUGUUUACGGGUCAUCCCGUUGGCUUAGCGAUUGGUUCUGGAGUUGCUGUAAACGGAGCGCGGGCGGACUUAGUAGCUCCAUUUCAGAUCAGAGUAUGAGAUCACCACCUACAGGUCAGAGGGAUCGGUUCAUUUGGCCAACCUACUCGUCUUCUCAAAAGAUUCAAUUAUCUCCAGCAGAUUAG